AUGUCUUCGCGAAAACGGCCCUUGGCCGAAUUGUUCAAUUCCCAGACACCAGCCAGACAUGCUCCCUCAACACCGCAUGCCCUCUACGCCCUCCAACAGCGAAGCGGCGCGAUGACACGAUCGCAUCGGAAAAGAAGAGCUUUGAGCGAGGACUUACGGCCAGAUUCUGCUAGAGGAAUCUUGCGGCGCCUCGCUAAGAUUACAGCACCGCUGACGAGGAAAACUGUACCCACACCUGCGACUGCGCGAGGCAAGGAAAACCGGGAAUCUGAUCAAGCCGAAACGACUGAUGAUGGGUUGAAGAGGUCGCGAUUGUUCUUGGAUGUGGAUGACAGUCUGGAUGAGAUCCCACAGCCUACACAAGAGGAAGAGGAGGACAGCGAGCUGCCGGUUCCACCGACGCCGUCAAUACUACCAGGCGACGAUGACGACAGCGAUCACCAAAACCACCAUGACCCAUCGAUCACUUUCCAAUCUAUUGACUUCGCAGCGGCUCCUCAGUCUCACGAAGAUACUGAUCGUAGGAUAUCCAGAAUAUCUGCUUUCGGUGCCCAUCAACAAAACGAUGCCGACGAUGACGAUGAACAUACGAUUCUGACUGAAAUCGGAAGAAGGGCAAUUAGCGAGGAGCCCACCGGCCGGCUCUCACGGUACAGUUUCGGCAGUCUUAGAAUGAGUGACUUUGGCUCCGAACUAGAAAUCCGCAGAGAAUCCGGCUUUCAGGACCAGACAAAUGCCGGGAAAUUAGUGCCUCCGUACGCAGAGAUAGCUUUUGAAGAUGGAUCAUUUGACGUUGGUGGAGAGACAGAACACUUGAAUCAAUUGCAGAAGUCUCCAACCCCGCCUGCAAUUGAAGAGAGCACUAUGAAUAUUCCAGAUUUGGACCAAAGCUUCCAGUUCGAGCUGGUGGUCGACACAGACGUGGCUGCCAACAGUGCCAACAGAAAUCCGGCCAUAGCACUGGCAGGGACACCGCCUGUGCGGGCUUCAAACGAUAUCACGGCGACGGAGGCAUCACCUGGUCUGGAAGAGGCGUCGUUACAACUAGAAUCCAGCAUAGAAGCGCCUGAAUUGUCGCUAGCGCCGCAAAACCGUCGAAAAAGGGUCAAGAUGACACGGCAUGGGGAGAUGGUCCCUGGACUCCCAGCCAGCCUGAUGAAAAGGGUUGCCAUUGAUGCCCAGGCACGACUUGGUAAUCGUAAACCCAAGCUUGGAAAAGACCACAUGAAGGCCCUGGAGCAAGCCACAGAAUGGUUCUUUGAACAGAUCGGCGAAGACCUUGCUGCCUAUUCCAACCAUGCUCGGCGAAAAAAGCGAGUUGAUCGUAGUGACGUUCUUAUGCUGAUGCAGCGACAAAGGGUACUUCAGGCCGACGGUGAGCUCCAUAAAGCUGCUCGCGAGCUGCUCCCAAAGGAAGCGUUGGGCGAGUUCGAGGAGAAUGAACUGUGA